UGAGCGCGGUGGCGGCGGCUGGAGCGCGCCUGCGCACAGGUGGCCGCGGCGGUGGCGGGAAGCGCGGCGCUGAGGUUUUUUUAUUUGUGUUCAGUUCUCCAGCGUGGCUCGUCAUGCAAUACUUGAAGCAAUUCUACCAGUCUUCGAACACAAACCGUUUCAGAGAGAAAGGAGACACUUUACCAGAGAGAAGUAUCAAUUAAAUUGUGUUCUUUAUGUACGAGAGUAGAUCCAGACCACUCCAACUCCAUUUCUUUCUUGUAAAUGGGGAAAAUAUAGUAACCUACAGGCUGUUCCUAACAGAAGAAAGAAAACUAACUACUCACAAAUGCUUCUUGUCAGAAUGAAACUCCUACAGCUACUGUCAAGGAAAACAGGGAAACUGGAAAUGCUUUUUCAAAUACCUUUUUGCCAAAAGCAGUUCCCAUAUAUGUGUCUGGCUACCUCUGCAUGUCUCUAUAGUAAGAAGAAAAAAGUGAACAGUUAUGAACAAGUCGACCAAGAAAAAUACAAGAACUUGGUGUACUCCGUUACAUCUUACAAAACCAGCGCCCAAACACCAGAGACAAUAUUUGAAGAAGACAAUUUGUUAUAUGGGCCACCGGAUAAACACAGGCCUCCACUUAAAGCCGAAACAAAAACUCCCAAGAACUGGGUUCCUUUAAUAAACCCCAACAAGAGAAUUCCCCUUCUCAACAGUGAUUCAAACCUCCCCAUGAAAAUCGCUUUACAAAAAACGAAAAUGCCCAGUGUUACCCGUAUUCUUCAACAGACUAUUUCUCCGCAGCAAGCCUUUUAUCUAGAAAGGUGGAAGCAGAAAAUGAUACUGGAACUUGGAAAAGAUGGGUUUGCAGAGUAUACUAAAAAUCUUUUCCUCCAAGGAGAGCUCUUUCAUGCAGCUUUGGAAUCUAUAUUCCUGUCUGAAGAGAUGGCAACUAAGGAGCAGAGAGAAGAUGUUGCUAUUUCUGGCUACUUAUCAAGUGUGCAACACGUCUUAAAAGAUAUCAGCGAAGUGAAAGCUCUGGAAAGUGCAGUUCAGCAUGAGAGUCUUCAGUAUCUGGGCCUGGUAGACUGCGUGGCUAAGUAUCGAGGCCAGUUGUGUGUGAUUGACUGGAAAACUUCAGAGAAACCAAAGCCAUCUCUGAAGAAUACUUUUGACAACCCAUUACAGGUUGCAGCAUAUAUUGGAGCCAUAAAUUAUGAUGCCAAUUAUGACUUCCAGGUUGGUUGUGGACUCAUUGUGGUUGCCUAUAAGAAUGGCUCCCCUGCGCAUCCGCAUUUCAUGGAUCCUGAUCUGUGCUCACAGUACUGGAAUAAGUGGCUUUUGCGCCUUGAAGAGUACCUGGACAGAAACUGACCCAAACUCAGCUAUGCAGAGGCAAGUGGUCUGAGCACAGAGCCAAAGCAAGAAUCCUUUGUUUAAAUCUGCCAUUUUAAUACAUACUCUUUUUUGAGUAACUUUGGCUAAUUUCUUAAUAUCAGUUUUUUUCCCUCCCUAAAAAAAAAAAAAGCAAGGAAAUUUGGAAUGGGGAAUGUGUAUUUGCUUACAUUGUAGGUGACUUAAGCGGACCAAGCAGGAUGAAGUCAACUUAAUUAAUCUUUGUUUUUCCUCACACAGUUUAUACAACCUGAGGUUGAUAGGAAAGUUUCUAUUGUCAAGUAAAACGGUUCAAUCAAAUCAUCCUUCUUUUGUCAUUUUUGAGAAAAACUGUUGCAGGACUGAGGCUUUGAAAAUGAAGUUGGUGAAGUAAAGCAAAAUGACAUCUGCAUUGUCUGGGCUGAGAGAAAUGCAAACGAUAAACAAAUGAAUAUAGUAGACUGGGUUUCAGUCAGCUUAGUUCUUGCUCGUCUCAAAGGUAUCUAUUAACAGGCUUGUUACUAUUUGUGGUUUUUCUUACAGCAACAACUGGAAAAACUGUGCUAAGAAUUAUAACCAAAGUUCUCAUAAGCACUUAUUCAAAGUACUAAGGCAAAGUGAUCAUUUAACAGAAGUGGUUUAGCAAAAGAGGAGCAGAAUUGUAACCGAUACACUUAGAAAUUUCCAGCAAGUGUUCUGAAAGGUAGGAAGUUCAACUACUACUAGUGGCUCCUCCUGCAGGUUUCUUAACAGGCGGCGCGGCCCACAUAAAAGAACUGUGAGAGUAUGAACGGGCUUUGUACCUUAGGUUGUGAGGCUCUGUGCAGGCCAAGUCUGCAACUGUCUUGAGCUCUCCUGACUUUGCUGUGGGUCUGAGCCGACAAGGAGCCUACCCAUGCAGAAUGAUCUCCAGUGUCAAGCUGUCGCGUUUGCCAGUGCGAGUAAGUUUCUUUAUAAAAGUAGGCUUUUGAAGCUGAGCCUUCUGAGGAAUGAAGAGCUGCUGAAUGGUUUUUGGGGGGUUGGUUUUUUGU